CGACAAGCGACAACACCUCGGAGAGCGGCGGCAGCAGGUUUCUGCAGUUCGUUUGCUGUCAGUCCCAAGCUAACAUGACAGUGCUGCUCAACUCUCUGGACAAGGAGGCUACGACGAAAAUGGUUUCACCCAGUUUGCUGGCCAUGCUGACGAAAGAGACUCUCAUGGCAUUGAAAUCGGCACUCCCAGACACAGUCCUCCUUUGCAACGGUCUCCUAGAGGCGGAGGUCCAAGACCUCAUAACGAUCACUCAGGUUUUUGCGUGCAUGGAACAGGUUCAGAAACUUGUCCAGUCUAGCUCUACUUGGCGGCCGCAUUCCUUGACCAGUUCAGAGCUCGCAUAGGUAACCUGUCGGCUGACGAGUGGAAGAUGCUCAUCUCCAACUUCUCCAGCAGUCUUCCCCAAGACCUUUUGGAUAAGGCCCCUGUGAACGUAAUUAUGGACAACUUUCAGACUCUGUACAGCCGGGAGAGGGCCAGUGUUUUGCUCCAGAAAAUCAACCUGACGGCGGUCAAUGCCUCGUUCUUGAACAAGCUGGGAGACAAAGUGUGCGACUUCCCACGUUCUGCCCUCGACAAGAUUCCCCCUAAAGUGCUACAAAAUGCUACAGAGGCCUUGGCAUGUGUGGGGACAUCGGACGAUGCGGGCCUCAAGAGCCUGGUGGCCAAACUGUUCAACGCCUCGGAUGUCGCCUCGUGCAAAACGUUUCUCACUACGGUUGACCCGUUGUUGGAAAGAUGUUGGGACCUUUUAAGUGGUAAAGAUAUUGAAAAGCAUCAAUUUCACAAGUCUAGAAAAAUUCGGCAAGCUUCCAGUACAACUAACCCGAAAACUGCGAGACAAGAUGAACCUGGGUGACCCCAAAUCAUGGAAGGAAUCGAGACCUUGAACUCGUACCCAUGGCUUAUUGGAACCUUGCUGCCUGACCAGCUGGCCAGCUUGGCACCUGCACUGUUGAAAAGUAUAACCACGUCGAGCAGCAUGGCCCAAGUAGACAUGCCUGCGUCUGUGCAACGCCAGGUAUAUGCUACGCAAAUGAAAGACAAGGCGCCAGCCACUUUGACUUCAUCAGACCUCAAAGACCAUGCGCAACUUGCUGCCUGCUAUGUCCCCAUCCGAUGCCAAGAGCCUGUCCUGCCGACGCUGUUGGUUCUCUCGUCGGGGAGCUUGCGGCGGAUGUUCAGAAGAUGGCCAAAACGACUCGAGAGACCAUAUUGAACAAAUUGACAACAGCGCAGCUGCAAGAGAAGCUAUGCCAGAUGGGAAACCUCUCAGAAGACGUCUCUGCCCAGCAGCUAGAAAAAGGAAAUUCUCUCGGAGACAUAUUGCUGAACUCCUCUAACUGCCAGUAUAAGUGCCAGCAACAGGCGCAGUGUUACGCCGUGUACAGCAGCAUGAUGAAGGCGAUAGUGGCUCGCUGGGUACGGACUGUCCAACAUCACCAAGGAUCACCUGGCUAGAAAUGAGGGACACGCGGGCGAUCUGCGGCAUCUCUCUGGAUGACGUGGACCAGCUGCCGGCAACAGCAGCCAUCGAGAGUUGGCAAGCAGCCUUUAUGGAGGCCAACUGCGAGAAUCUCAAGGCGGCCCAAGCCAUCGCCGAGAAGUACAGACUGGUGCUGACUUAUGUGACCAAGACUGGCAUCACGAAGACAAAUGUUGCCCAGCUGGGUCCUCAGGCCAUCGUGAAUACAGAUUUGACAGAACUGCGAGCGCUGGACACUGAUGGCAAGAAAACAGUCGUGCAGCUCAUGGGCAGACAACCUCUUUAUGAUGCUAGUGCGGACUGGAAUAAGCAGAUGUUGGGAUACGCGUACGACGCCUACCUCUCGGGCAAUGCCAGUGCCGAGAUCAACUCUACGACUGCUCUGGCCUUCGGAUACUUGCUAUGCUCUCUGAACUCAACCAGCUACAAGCAGCUGACGCCCUCGGCCAUUUUGGAUGCGGCGCCAAUCCUGGGGCAUGUCCCGAACUGUCCCAGUCGGACCUCCUGACUCUGCAGCAAGUGAUGGUCUCCAAGACCAACAAGUCUUGCUCUAACAUGGAUGCUGACGACGUAGCCAUAAGGGGGACGAUUCUUUUCGCUGACUGUGGUACACAGAGCUGCCUGGACCAAAUCCCUCCACGGAGUCUGUACGAGGCUGUGUCCAGACUGGUGGAGGCCGUGAAGGACCGUGAGGAGAGCGUGGACAUGCGCGAGGGUCAAUGGAAGAAGUCGGCCCUCAGUGAUGCAGACAAGCAGGGGCUCAUCGACAUCGUCACUUGCGGCCUCCUCAAGGCCCUCGACGCCAGGGCACGUUAUCGGGCACAAACACCUAGCUCCACGCCUGCCACAAGACGAAAACGGAGCACAGCAGCUUCCCAGCAGGUGACAUGUGAAGACAUUCUGAUCUUGGAUACGAAGUCCAACGUCUUGACAGUCCAGCAGAUAAAUGAUCUCAAUACAACAGAUUUCGACAACUGUGCCGAAACCCUGGGAACAGCCACCGGUUGGUCCUUGGAGCAGAAGGCAGCACUGAUCGGCAAAGCAAAGCAGACCUGGGGCCAGCAGUCCAGCAAUUGGACCAAGGAACUGAUACAGAGAAUGGGCUCGAUCGCCCAGGGACUGUCGGAAAGUGAAAUUACCUCUCUCGCUAACCUGGAUCUCGAUGUGUUGAGCACGCUUGGACAGUACACCGGGUGGACCUUAGAUCAGUUAAAAUCAGGCUUCUCUUCUUGGCUGAAGAAAUACAUCAACAACAACAUUUCUGCAAUUACUGGAAGUCACCUGCAACAAAUAGGUGACUUUGCCUGUGGCGCCACUGCACAACAGAUUUCGAGCAUAUCUACAUCUGCUUUCAAGGAUGCGCUGAAUAAGAUAGGGACGCUGUACAGCUGCAGCGCGGAGCAGCUGGAAGCAUGGGCUGCUUUGGGACUGCAGGCCUUGGGGUCGGUGACAGAAUGGACGUAUGCACAAUCAGCUACAUUUGAUGUCUUGUAUGCUGGACUGAGCGGCAGCAGUCUGUCGCUGUUGAGCAGCACACAGCUGUCAAUGAUUUCGUUGGACGUUUUCGUACGGAUCAAACCAACCGCAUUCUCGGCUUUGACCGUGUCGCAAAUGGCAUCUCUGAGUACUGCCCAGGCUCUCAGUGUAACAGAUGAUCAGCUGAGCGUUCUCAACCCUGCCCAGAAGGCACAGCUGAGAGCUCUUGGUGCCACCAUCUCAGACCCAAGUGGCGCACCAGGAGUCUCCGUGACAGCAUCAACACUGGCAGCCACCUGGACUGCUGUGUGGUUAAUCAUGGCAUACUGAGCGGGUACAUGACAGACUACCGAGUAGUCACGUGGGAAGUUUUGUUUAUCUGUCAGUUCCUUUGAAAACAGUCAACAGAACUAUCAAGUCCAACUUGUUGCAGGAACACACGUUAACAGAAAAUAUAACCAGGCAGCUCAGUCAUCCCAUUUGUAAUAGAGAUGUUUUGUUGCCGACACUCAAGUUGUUUCUAUUACUUUUCUCGAAGAGAUCUUCAAUUGUUAUUUAAUUUUAGAGGAAAAUGUAAAAAUGAACAAUUUAAUCAGCUGCUUGGACACGAAUCUGCUCAAUACUUUCCAAAUAUAAUUUUUUUUUUGGAACAGGCAUCAAACGCUUUCUGUGCAGAUACUACAACGAGAAAAAUAAAACCUUUGUAAACAUUCCACACGAUGCUCACGACUGUUAGGAUCGGGCCAGAAUAAUGAACAUGCGCGUUCUAGACGAGCUUUGCUCACUAAAUGUUACACUCGUCUGUGAUAUUUUUAGGGGGAGAUUCUCAUGCCCUCGUUUUGUAUCUGUAAGGUUGUUUUCCUUCCGGCCAAGGGUUUUUCACUGGCCACAAACAUGUGUUUAUGUACGUUUACUCGUCAUAAGCCGGCACGUUUUAUUCUGUGUGUAAAGCCACGAUUUUGGAAAGUGCGCUGAAGAUGAGAGGCAGAAGGGCACAAACUGCAACUAAUUUUUACCUUGUGAAAAUAUUUCCCUUUGACGUUUGGCACGUGCACAUUUUCACACUUUUUUUAAAAAUCAACAUUUUUAACGUAUUUUCCGUGCAUUCGGCACAAACACACAUUUUAGGUUUUCCUCACGAGCCAUCAUUCUCAAAUGAAACACAUCAGAUAUUAUUGUUAUUUCACAUUUGCCCAGAUAUGUACCACCAAACCAAAGCGAACAGUACACGCAUCAGAGACAUGUGGAUUCGCGAUCCCUUCUCUAGCAAUAUUUACCAACUAUUUCUUGCGCAAGCACUCACUUAAACAAAAGACACUCUCUGAUUACACGUAUAACUGGUAAAUGAGUUACUCUCUUUUUGCUGAAACAUUUCAUGCAUCUCACAUUUAACAGCAAUGGAACAGGAAAAACCAAACAAUUCUUCCGAAACAUAAAAUACAGCCGGCGGGCGCGAACGCACACACAUUUACAAAAGCCUUCAGAAAAGUAUGUGCAAACAGGUGGUGAUACUUAUGCAAAGGUACAGAAGGUAUAAAUGGUUUUAAAACCAUCUGUUGUUUUCCUUUUUGUUGUACCAGUGCACCUUAAUCUUAACAUUAAUGACAAAGCUUUCAAGAGCUGCACUGUUUAUCACUUGCAAUCUUGAUAGUUGUUUUAAAAUUUAAAGGAAUUAUAGAAACUGAGCAACAAGUGGACUAUUCCAACUAAAUAUUUAUUUUUACAGACGGUAUUCUUUUUGUGCAAAACAAUUGUUAAAUCUUGUGGGAUUAUUCCUUUUCGACAUAGCUUUCUCCCUAAAAACCUAUCUUCUUGCCACCAUCACCACGUUCCAUCCUUGACCUUUUAACUCUUGUGCCUGUCUACAUGUUAUGGUUUUACUGACAACUUUCCUCAUGAAGUGAACCAGCAUUGUACACAGGACCAGUUGCCCACUUUCAAAUGUCUUUACUAUGUUAUAUACAGUUAUUCUUCAGAGGACCACUGUCUUCAUGUAUGUGUCUUAUCAGCUUCAGACCUACCACUAAUCGGUGUUUCAUGACAAAAUUUACCAGACUGCUGGAGUAACUUCAAGACUUUGUUACAAAUUUGUUCACAUUUCUUGCUAAUAAAUAUUUUCUCGAAUCUUA